CGCCGGAUAUCCGCUGAGUGACCCUUACAAGUCCUUUUUGAUUUUGAAGUGGAAAAGGUGUGGAUUUUACUGCUGGUAUUGGAUCUAUAAACGUAGCGGGCCAUGGGGUUGGAGGAUGAGCGAAAGAUGCUGACCGGGUCCGGAGAUCCCAAGGAGGAGGAAGCGGAGGAGGAGGAAUUAGUGGAUCCCCUAACAACAGUGAGAGAGCAGUGUGAACAGUUGGAGAAAUGUGUAAAGGCUCGGGAGCGGCUAGAGCUUUGUGAUGAGCGAGUAUCCUCCAGGUCACACACAGAGGAGGAUUGCACGGAGGAGCUCUUUGACUUCUUGCAUGCAAGGGACCACUGUGUGGCCCACAAACUCUUCAACAGCUUGAAAUAAAUGUGCAGACUCAUUUACCUGUGGGCACCACUGAGGAAUCAGGACAUUUCCUCGUGGUUUUGAACAUGCCAUUUGUUUCUUAUUUGUGUAACUAAGUUCAUGUGAACCUCAUGGAUUUGCUUAGGCAAUAGUUCCCAUUGUAAUUAGCAGUGAUUCCAUCUUCAAUAAAGUCUAGUAAUCUACA